UGUUAGUCUCCUUCCAUUGUUACAUAUUGUUGCAUACUCUAAAUAGACUGUGAGUCAUACACGGGUUUGUAAGGAUUGAAAACUUUUAAGAAGUGGUUUGCAGCUUUUUUACUAGCAGGAAAGUGAUUUAAAUCCAGCAGGAUGCCGAAAAAGAAGAAAGCGUACGAUAAGAUUCCGAGUUAUAGAAAGUAUGAUUCAGAAGACGAUAAUAAGAUCAUAGACCCUGAUGAUGAUCCUCGUAAUAUGUUCACGAAACAGUGGAAGUUUUUUACACGGGAACAGUGGGGGGCGAAGCCCGGGUUUGCCCAUCGUCCGCUGCACACCCCGGUCAGGAAACUACGGGUGAUUUAUGACCUGAACAUGGACCGAUGUACGGUGACCAAGACCUGCAAGAAAAUUGUCUUCGGAAUACAGAGGAGGCAUUUACAUCUGGGGUGGCCUGACAUAAACCUCAAUUUCGUAAUAGCAGGAGAUGGAAAUGUUUACGAAGGUCUAGGCUGGACCAAGAAGAUCAUCAGACUUCCUCACCAUUCCCUGGAGACUGGGAACACCCUUGCCAUUGGCUGCAUCGGCAGAUACAACAGACUAACGCUUCCCCGCAGAAUAAAGAAAACACUUGAUCUAUUUAUAAAGAAGUCUGUAGAAGAUGGAUAUAUUGUAAAAGAAAUAUUUAAUGGAGAAUUCUGGAGGAUAAAACAAAGUUGUAAACUGUGAUUUUAACUUAAACUGUAUAAUUUUAACGGAAUUAGAAGAGCUCUGGUUGUACCAAAUGUUUUAGUUUGAAACAAGACAGUAAACUGCAUUUAUGGGUUUGUACUUAGACUAAAAUAAAACGCA